GUGACCAGGGAUACGGUAGAGGAAUACUCGGAAGAAGUUGUGAAGUUUUGUGGAAGAUUAAUGAGUAUUUUGUCAACAAACUUGGGAUUAGAUGAGGGAUUUUUACAGAAUGCUUUUGGAGGUGCUGAUGAUAUUGGUGCUUGCAUGAGGAUUAACUUCUACCCAAAAUGCCCUCAACCAGACCUAACCCUCGGCCUCUCUUCUCAUUCCGAUCCCGGCGGUCUCACCGUACUCUUGCCAGACACCGACGUUCUCGGCCUCCAGGUCCGGAAAAAUAGCGACUGGGUGACCGUCAAACCAGUCAACCAAGCCCUCAUUGUUAAUAUUGGUGAUCAAAUUCAGGUGUUAACCAAUGCGAUAUACAAAAGCGUUGAACAUAGAGCGAUUGUGAACUCAAACAAAGAGCGUGUGUCACUCGCAUAUUUCUAUAGUCCCCGCGGUGAUUUGGUGAUACAACCGGCGAAAGAGUUUGUGUCGCCAGAAAAUCCAGCAUUAUAUUCACCAAUGACUUAUGAUCAGUAUAGACUCUACAUAAGGAUCAAAGGACCCAAUGGGAAAGCACAACUUGAGGGAUUGGGAAAAUCAGAAGCAUAAUAAGGGAAAAUUCCCUAAAUAGGAGUAAAAAAAAUUGAAAUUCCAAAACACGACUAUCAUGUUUUCUAUUCCCUAAAUAUGAGUAAUUUCUAUCAAGUUUGAUAUUACCACGCUUUAAACAUGACCGUUUUACUAAACUUGACAAAAACUACUUCUGUUUAGGGAAUAAAAACAUGAAAGUUCUAAUUAGAAAUUUCAAAACGCUUUUAUUCCUAUUGAGGAUAAUUUCUAUAAUAGUAAUAAAUUAAAUACAUGAAGCGAAGCUAAGCUAAAUGUGACCAUAGCUUCGCACGAGUUACUUUUGCCCUGAACAUAUAAAUAAGGGCAUAAUUAAGGAUAAUACAUACUCCGUACUUUUGAUCAUUUAUUUACUUAGCCCCAACUUCCGUUUGUAUGG